AUGCUCGUCCAUCCAUUAGGCGAGCAGGCCCAAAAGUUUCACUUAACUUCACAAAAUUUCGACCAAAAUCAAAACCCUAAUAUUUUCACUUCUUCUUGUUCGUUGAACCUUGCGAAUCAAGCACGCGGUUGGUUCCUUCAGUUCGUUCGCCAUACCUUCUCUAUCUACUCCAGGUUCACGAUGCAAUCAAACGGGGCAUCAUCUUCAAUGGAAGUUGACACUGUCUUAUCUGAACCAAAAGCUUUACCUCCAAAGCCUCAGUUUGAGCCUCUAAAGCCUCAUGAGAUGUCCAGUGGUCAAGUUCAGUUUCGCAAGGUAUCCGUUCCGCCGCAUCGUUACACUCCUCUCAAGAAAAUCUGGAUGGAGAUCUAUACACCUGUAUACGAGCAGAUGAAAAUUGACAUCCGAAUGAAUUUGAAGGCGCGUAAAGUUGAGUUGAAGACGAGGCGCGAUACUCCGGAUAUAAGUAACCUACAAAAGUGUGCUGAUUUUGUCCAUGCUUUUAUGCUGGGUUUUGAUGUUAUUGAUGCUAUUGCUAUUCUUCGGUUGGAUGAGCUUUAUGUUGAGUCCUUUGAGAUUAAGGAUGUUAAGACGCUUCGAGGGGAUCACUUGUCUCGAGCUAUUGGAAGAUUGUCUGGAAAAGGUGGGAAAACGAAGUUCGCAAUUGAGAAUGCAUCGAAGACAAGGAUUGUGAUUGCUGACACUAAGAUUCACAUUCUGGGAUCGUUUGCAAAUAUCAAGAUUGCUAGGGAUUCUCUUUGUUACCUAAUUAUGGGAUCACCGGCAGCAAAGGUUUAUUCUAAAUUGAGAGCAGUUACAUCUAGGAUGGCUGAAAGGUUUUGA